ACACAUUUUCGGAUAAUCCUGCAAUGUACAACAAUUGAAAAUAGAACUAUAACAGUUAUGGAUACAAAUGACUUUGCUUAUGAACAUUACGGUAUAUUAGUUCAAAAUGAUGAUGAUGAAUUGCCCAAAUCCCUAAAUGUUCAAAACCUAAGUAAUGUUUUAGGCUCAGAAGACAUUGGACAUAGUAGCGAAUUGGUGCUUCCUUCACAGCAUGAUUCCUUUCGUCAAACGGAUUUGCGAAUUAAUAGUUUGCACUUUGAUGGAAAAUCAUUAAAGCCACCAACGAAGAUGGAGGGGCACUCAAAUAUGGCGUUGGAAAGCACAAAACAUUUGGAGGAAAGUGUUUCACAAGAUUUGGUUAAUUGUAUGCAACAAUUAAGGCAAGAUCGAUCAAAUGCUGAAGCAGAACAAGUAAUGGAUAGGAAGAAUAUGGCACUGAUGUCGGGAAAUGGCAAGUCCCGGCGGUGGGAACAGAAGCUAGUUCAAAUUAAGACAAUGGAGGGCGAAUUUAGUGUUACAAUGUGGGCAUCGGGUACAUCGGACGAUGAGUAUUCCAGUUCGGAUCAAAAUGCCGAUGAAGUUGACUAUUUCAAUGGCAAUGAAAGUUCGCUAGAUCCCGAACAGAUAAAAAAGCAUGAAACAGUAUUACAGCAACAACAACAACAACAGGAGCAAUUAUUUUUUCAGCAGCAGCAAGAACAAUUUCUACACCUACAGCCUCAAUUAAUUCUCUCGAUGAAUGGGGCAACAGCGGUAGCAGCAACCGCAGAAGCAGCAGCAGAUAAAUGUAAUCUUAGUUCAAAAAGAAAUGUAUGUUGCGAAACACAAAUAUCAUCGUAUGUAGCCAUAUCGCAGGGAUGUCGCCUAAUCAAUGACGAAACUUUGCUGGUUGAUAACAAUCAAUCAAUAGAAUCAAAAAUUGAUUGUAAUGUAAAUAACGAUGUCACUACUGAUCCAGCAUCAGUAACUUUAGCACCAGCACCGGCAACAGCAGCCCUAGGGACAGAAGCGGCACCACCAAUAGCAACAGAAUCUGCUGAGUCAGCGGAUACCACCGACUUUGCACAAUUUGGCAAUGACAAAAAGAUUGCCUGCCCUCAUAAAGGCUGUCAUAAAUACUUUCGUGAUUCGUCUGCAAUGCGUAAGCAUUUGCAUACCCACGGACCUCGCGUUCACGUCUGUGCAGAAUGUGGCAAGGCAUUUGUUGAGAGCUCAAAACUGAAGAGGCAUCAAUUAGUGCACACUGGCGAAAAACCAUUUCAAUGCACUUUCGAGGGUUGCGGCAAACGUUUUUCAUUAGAUUUUAAUUUAAGAACGCAUGUGAGAAUUCAUACUGGAGAUAGACCCUUUGUGUGUCCGUUCGACGCGUGCAAUAAAAAGUUCGCUCAGUCCACAAAUUUAAAGUCUCACAUCUUAACUCAUGCAAAAGCCAAGCGAAAUACAGCCAAUCCGCGCCAUAACGUUUGCCCCAGCAACGAACCUCUUAGCCCCAGCGGGGGAAGCUCUACAAACUUGAUAAAAGUAGAAUCGCGUGAUACAACUAUGUCAGAAACCCAUGCACCAUUUGUAAUGUAUGCCGACUAAAAUAUUAGUGUGUAUAU